UGCAUCCUGUCCGGCUCUGUCAUGACUCGGUGCAGACAUGUUUCUUCCUCCAGGCCACACCUCUCACCACAGCCUGAUGAUUAAUCGGGUCAAUCUGACACCUAUCGGCAAAAACCAACUCCUAUCUCUGCCAAGAUCAAUCCGAACAGUUACGCAAUAGCGAUAACCUUAUCGAUUUUGUUUGGGAUGUGUAGUCAUGCGCUUUAACUUUACCAGCGCUGAUGUAAAGAACAGGACUACAUAUCCCAGAGGGCGUUGCGGCUCGUCGCUUCACUACUUUCACAUUGAAUGUACUUCGCUGCACUUGAAAAUCCGUUCAUGAUUCACUUCAUUAAUAAGUAAGUAGUUCGGUGUCAUGGCGGAAUCUGCAGUAUGUCCUGCUUUCCAACUCGGCAGAUCCAGAUACGACCAGGGUUCAUUCCUCGGUCGACUGAGACACUUCGUCGACAUCAUUGACCCCAGCACCCUGUUUGUGUCCGAGAAACAGUUGAAAGACAGCAUCAAACUCCUGGAUGAUUAUCGACAUGGCACGCUUCCAUCAGGAGUCUCUGAUCAUCAGCUGUGGGAAGCGCAAAAGAUCAAGCAGGCCAUCAUUCAUCCUGACACAGGAGAGAAGAUCUUCAUGCCAUUUCGAAUGUCAGGUUAUGUACCAUUUGGAACACCAAUAGUCAUUGGCCUUCUUCUUCCAAAUCAGACUGUGGUGUCUACCAUUAUAUGGCAGUGGCUGAACCAGAGUCAUAAUGCCUGUGUGAAUUAUGCAAACCGCAAUGCUACAAAGCCCACACCAACAUCCAAGUUUCUUCAAGGUUACGUAGGAGCUGUGACCAGUGCCGUCUCCAUUGCAGUUGGACUGAAUGUUCUGAUCCAGAAGGCCAACAAGCUGAGCCCCGCCACCAGAAUGAUAAUUCAGAGACUCGUCCCCUUCCCAGCUGUUGCCAGUGCAAACAUCUGCAACGUGGGUCUGAUGAGACACAACGAAUUGUCUGAAGGUAUCGACGUUCUGGACAACAACGGGAAUGUGGUGGGCUCAUCCAAAGUCGCUGCAAGACAUGCGAUCAUGGAGACAGCUUUCACACGUGUGGUCCUCCCGAUGCCAAUCUUCGUCCUACCCCCCAUCAUCAUGUCCUACCUAGAGAGGCUGCGAUUUCUGCAGAGCAACCGCAGAUUGUUGCUGCCCAUCCACAGCAUCGUGUGCCUGGUUACCUUCGGCCUCUCCCUGCCCGUGGCCAUCAGCCUGUUCCCACAGAUGUCUCAGAUUGAGGUGUCUCGCCUUGAGCCGGAGAUCGCCAUGGCAACCGAUUGCAAGGUGGUGACCUACAACAAGGGCUUAUGAUGGAUGGUGUAGAAGGAGGGAAGAGAGGACACGGAGCAGCACGGUGAAAAUGAGGGUGUUUUGUGAAUAUCUGCAAUGAGCAACCCAGGGUUCCUUGUCCAGUGUUUUUUUUGGGAACUCACUGCUGCGUUUGUACUGUAACAGAAGCUGUAGAUCAUCGCACACUAAUCCAGGGUUUCUCAACCUUUGUAUAUGAUUCUCACGUCUCCUGCUGUCAAGGUUUCCUCAGAGUUUUACAACGACGUAGACUUUUAUUACAUUCCUUAUUCUCUUUGAGGGUGAGUUAAGGAGUAUCUCUACUGAAACGAUGAUCUAACUGUUUUUGUAAUACGAUAUAUACAGUAUAUUAAUACAUCGAAUCGUCAAAAUCUUUAUACUAAUCAUGGUGCGAUCUGUGUAAUGAGCAGAAAAAUGUGAUCUGAGCAAAGAAUAAUGUGAGUUAAAUUAGUCUAGGGGAAAAUGCGGAGACUCUACUGUAGAUCCUAAUACGUUUACGCACUUUUUAAACUGGUAAACGACUGGUACACGCCACGUAUUUUAACCCUAUUAAUGUGAAAUACUACAAUCUACUACUGUCAUGGUGUGUUUAUUUUCUACAGUAGCCAAAUAUCUUUUCUUCCUACCUGAGAGGAAGGAUGUUUUGCACCAGUACAGACUGUUUGUUAAACCAGAGCUGUAUUCUUAACCAACUACUCCUCUUGCAAUAUUUUGGACGUAUAUAUAAAUUAAUAUAAUAAUAUAUUAUUCUACCUGUUAUGAACUAGUGUUUUUAAUUAUUUGUAUAACUCUACUGCUACUAAAAGUUUAUUAAAUGUUUGCUAGUCAAACAGCAUAAGACAUUUAUCUACAUUAUGUAUAUUCUUUGAAAAUAUACAAUAAAAACAAUAUCUCUUUUGA